GAGCCGGAGCCCCGCAGCCGCGCCGCGCCGCCCAGCCGAGGGGCCCCGGCCGGCCCGGGGAGAGCCCCUGAGGGGAGCCGGGGCCGCCAGCACCGCCCGCCGCCCUCCCCCGGCGGCUCCCGCAGGCCGCAGCCCCCGGGGCCCGGCCCGGCCGCGGGAGUCGCUGCGGCGCUGCCCGCGGCCUCGGCCCUGGCAGCGGCAGGAUUUGGGAUUUUAAAUUCCCAUGGAAUUCCCGAGCUUUUAGGAUUUCCCUGGAAAAUUCCAAAUUUCCCAUGGUCCAUCUCUCACCUCCACAAUUCCCAGGUGCCCGGUAGGUGCCACCAUGAGCGGCCUGGGGGAGGCCGGCGCGGACGCGGCCAGCGGCGAGGGGCGCAAACGGCGCGGAUCCCCCUGCGAGCACCCGCACAGCGCGGAGAAGCGGCGGCGCGAGCAGGAGCAGCGCUACCUGGCCGAGCUGGCCCAGCUGCUCUCGGCCAACCUGGGCGAGCUGGACUCGCUGGGGGCCAAGGCCGAGCACGGCAACAUCCUGAAAAAAACCGUGCACCAGAUCCAGCAGAUCGCGCGCCUCGAGCACGAAAAAAGCACGGAUGACGACGUGCAGAAAUCGGACAUCUCCUCCAGCAGCCAGGGCGUCAUCGAGAAGGAGUCGCUGGGGCCGCUGCUGCUCGAGGCCCUGGACGGGUUCUUCUUCGUGGUGAACCGCGAGGGCCGCAUCGUGUUCGUGUCGGAGAACGUGACGGGCUACCUGGGCUACGGGCAGGAGGAGCUGAUGAACUCCAGCGUCUACAGCAUCCUGCACGUGGGCGACCACGCCGAGUUCGUCAAGAACCUGCUCCCCAAGUCCCUGGUGAACGGGGUGCCGUGGCCGCAGGAGCCGGCGCGGCGCGGCAGCCACACCUUCCAGUGCCGCAUGCUGGUGCGGCCGCCCGACGAGGCCGGCGCGGAGCAGGCGGAGCUGCGGCAGCGCUACGAGGCCAUGCAGUGCUUCACCGUCAGCCAGCCCCGCGCCUUCCAGGAGGAGGGCGAAGAUUUCCAGUCGUGUCUGAUCUGCAUCGCGCGGAGGCUGCCGCGCCCGGCGGCGCCGGCCCCCACCGAGUCCUUCGUCACCAAGCAGGACACCACAGGAAAAAUCAUCUCCAUCGACACCAGCUCGCUGCGCGCCGCCGGCCGGACGGGCUGGGAGGAUCUGGUCAGGAAAUGCAUCUACGCCUUCUUCCAGCCCCAGGGCCGCGAGCCCUCCUACGCCAAGCAGCUCUUUCAGGAAGUGAUGACGCGGGGCACGGCCUUCAGCCCCUCGUACCGCUUCACGCUGAGCGACGGCUCCGUGCUGAGCGCGCACACCAAGUGCAAGCUGUGCUACCCCUCGAGCCCGGAGCUGCAGCCCUUCAUCAUGGGCAUCCACAUCAUCGACAGGGAUCACGGGAUCCUGUCCCCCCAGGACGCCCCCCGCGCCGGCGCGGCCCUGGCCAGGGCGAAUCCCGGCGCUGCCCCGGCGCCGGGCAUGGCGCUGCCGCCGCCCCUCCCUCCCUCCAACGGCUCCGCCAUGCCGGGACCCCCCCCCUCGGGCCAGGGGAAUUUCGGGAAUCCUCUGGGAUCCAGCGUUGCCUUAAGCCAGACUCCCGGCAGUUCCCACCCGCUGGCGCACGGCGGCUCCCCCAUGAACAGCCCCGGCGUGGCGGCGCCGCCGUUCCUGUCGCCGCGGCACCGCGGCAGCCCGGGCUCCGCUCCGCGAUCCCGGGCUGCUCCCGGCAAUCCCUUCUCGCCAUCCAUGCACUCCCCGGCUUCAUCAUCCUCCUCAUCCUCCUCAUCCUCCUCGGGGAACUCCCGGCCUUUCCCCAGCGCUCCCCUCAACGCGGCGCUGCCGGAGCCGCCGGCAAACCCGGCGUUCUUGAGGCAGCCGAGCUCCCAGAGCUCCCCCGGCCGCAAAGCCGACGCCAAGGACUCCAAGGAAAUCUCCUCCAUCCUCGGCGACAUCAUCCAAGGGGACGAGAAGCCCCCGGAGCCGGGAACGCCGCGCGGAUCCGAGGCUGGGGACAGCGGGAAGUGUCCCCAGGGCACGAGCCACCGGCUGGUGCAGCUGCUGGCCAGCACGGCCGAGCAGCAGCUGCGGCACCACGCCGAGGCCGCCGACGCCAAGGAGGCCGCGCUGGCGUGCGCCGGCGUGGCCGGGAGCGCCGGCCCGGCGCCGCCGCCGUGCCCGUCCUCGCACAGCUCGCUGACCGAGCGCCACAAGAUCCUGCACCGCCUGCUGCAGGAGGGCAGCCCCUCCGGCGCCGCCGAGCACGACAAGAAGGAGAAUUCCAACGUCGGGAAUUCCGGUGUCGGGAAUUCUGGCGUUGGGAAUUCCGGCGUGGGGAAUUCCGGCGCGGCGGAGGCGGAGAAGAAGAAGGAGUGCAAGGAUCACCAGCUGCUGCGGUACCUGCUGGACAAGGACGAGAAGGAGGCGGCGGCGCCGGCGCUCAGCCUGGACGACGUCAAGGUCAAGGUGGAGAAGGGCGAGGCCGCCGAGCCCUGCCCGGCCCCGCCCGCCGGCGUUCCCAAAAUUCCCGCCGCCGCGCCGGAGGAGGUCAAGAUGGAGGCGCCGGGGCAGCUCUCGGCCGAGCUGGAGCAGCUGGAGCAGCUGCUCCCGUCCCUGGAGAAGGCGGCGCCCGUUCCCGGCAUCGCGGCCCUGGAGCGCGGCGAGCCGGGGCCGCCGCAGCCCCGAGCCCCCCCAGGGCUGCCGGAGCUGGAGCUGGGGGUUCCCGACCCCGGGCUGGGAAUUCCGGGAAUUCCGGGAAUUCCGGAGCCGCUGCCGUGGCCCAAGAGCGACGAGCCGUGUCCCCUGGAGGAGCUGCUGGCGGCCCCGGGCAGCGCCGAGGGCCGCAGCGAGGAGAAGGCGCUGCUGGAGCAGCUGGUGACGUUCCUGAGCGCCAGGGACGAGACCGAGCUGGCCGAGAUCGACCGAGCCCUGGGCAUCGACAAACUGCUGCAGGGCGGCGCUCUGGACGCGCUCGGUGACCGCUUCCAGCCGCUGCCGGCGCCGCCGCCUCCCUCGCUGCUGCCGGAGCCCCGAGCCGCCGCCAUGUUCCCGCAGCCCUUCCCGCCCUCCUCCGCCUCCGCCUCCAGCUCCUCCUCCCCGGCCGCUCCUUUCCCGGCGAUGCUGCGGCCCAAGCCGCCCUUCGCAGCCGUCCCCAGUGCCCCUCCUGCUCCUCCUGCUGCUCCUGCACCUCCGGCUGCUCCUCCCUGCGGCCGCCGCGCGGCGGCGCGGGGGCGCGCGGAACCUUCCAGAACAGCGCCGGGAGCGCCUUGGGCAUGGCGCGGGCCCCGGGGCUGGGCCGGCCGCGCCGGCGCCCCCAACCAGCUCCGGCUGCAGCUGCAGCAGCGCCUGCAGGGCCAGCAGCAGCUGCUGCAGCAGAACCGGCAGGCGGCGCUGCUGGGGCACUUCGGGGCUCCCGUGGGGCUCUCGCUGCGCGCCGGGAUCCCGCAGCAACCGCAGCCCCCGCUGAACGCGCAGAUGCUGGCGCAGCGGCAGCGGGAGCUCUACAGCCAGCAGCACCGGCAGCGGCAGCUGAUGCAGCAGCGCGCGCUCCUCCUGCGCCAGCAGCAGCAGCAGCAGCAGCAGCAGCAGCAGCAGCAGCAGCAGCAGAGCUUCGGCAGCUCCGCCCUGGGCGCGCCGCGGCUGCCGCAGGGCGCGGCGCAGCAGUUCCCCUUCCCGCCCGGCUACGGUACGAGCAGCGGUGCCGGCGGCGGUGCCGGCGGCGGCUUCGGCGGUCCCGAGGCGCUGGGGAGCCGCGGGGGCCUCGGCGGCAGAGGGAUGAUGGCGGCGCCCUUCGGAGCCGGGAUGGGCCCGGGCGGCGUGCAGCAGAACCUCUUCCAGUACUCGGGGGCAGGGAUGGCGCCGCAGAGCGACCCGUCGGGAUUCGCGCCGGCGCUCAGCCCCGGCAGCCCCAUGAUGUCGCCGCAGCUGCCGCCGGCGCCGCCCGCGCCCGGCUACCAAUCGCCGGAGCUGAAAUCCUGGCAGGCCGGAGCCGUCGGCAACAACGGCGUUUUCGGGCCGGCGGGCGCGGCGGCUCCGCAGGGGAUGUACAACAACAUGAGCAUCACCGUCUCCAUGGCCGGCCCCGGCGUUCCCAGCGUUCCCGGCCCCGGCGUGCCCGGCCCCGGCUCCGGCGGCGUUCCCGGCUCUGGCGUUCCCGGCUCCGGCGGCGUUCCCGGUGUUCCCGGCAUGGGCGGCGGCAUGGCCAUGAACCCCGUCAUGGCCGGCAUCAACUCCAUGUGCUCGGAGCAGGUGGCGGAGGCGGCGCUGCGGCCGCCCGGGCUCUACUGCGGCCAGCUGGGCUCCGGCGAGCUGCUCAAGGCCGACGCCGACGGCGCCCAGGUGCAGCAGGUGCAGGUGUUCGCCGACGUGCAGUGCACCGUCACUGGUGGGGAUCCCUACCUCAACGCGCCGGCGCCGCUGGGCACCGCCAAGAGCGCCGGCGCCGUGCCGGCCGCGCCGCCGCCGGGCCAGGGCAAGAGCCUCCUGCAGCAGCUGCUCACCGAGUGACGCCGGCACCCCAAAAACCCCAAAAUGGACUGG